AUGCCCCAAUUGGGUGUUCAGCCCGUUCCAGUUGAGUUUGAGGACCCUCUGCCCAAGGGAAGUGUUGGCCUGAUACUUGGACGCUCCUUUCUUACCCUAAAGGGGCUUAUUAUCCAUCCUGGAAUAAUAGAUCAAGAUUAUACUGGAAGGCUUCGAGUUCUUUGUUCUUGUCCGCAAGGAGUAUUUUCCAUUUCCCCUGGAGAUAGGAUUGCCCAGUUAGUUCUCCUUCCAAGCUUGCAGGAUGUUUUCCCAUCCACAGGAAUGACAAGGGGCAACAAAGGGUUUGGUUCUUCAGGAGCUGACUUUGCUCACUUGGUGGUUGUUUUAAAAACUAGGCCCACCUUACAAUUACAGAUAGAAGGGAAACUUUUCACUGGCAUUUUAGAUACUGGGGCUGACCGGAGCAUUAUCUCCUCAAAUUGGUGGCCUAAGGCGUGGCCUGUUACACAAUCAUCUCAUUCCUUACAAGGGUUAGGAUAUGAAGCCAGCCCCGCAGUCAGCUCAUGCCCGUUGACCUGGCAAGUACCAGAGGGUCAGACAGGAAGUUUCAUACCUUAUGUACUCCCUCUCCCCGUUAAUCUCUGGGGAAGAGACAUCUUGCAAGACUUGGGUUUGGCAUUGACCAAUGAGUACUCUCAACAAGCUGUUGAUAUCAUGAAAAGGAUGGGUUAUAAGGAAGGAAAAGGCCUUGGUAAACAGGAACAAGGGAGAUUACACCCGAUUUCACAGGAAAGUAAUACAGGGAAACAAGGCCUG